GGGGUGGUUGGUGCGGGGGGAGGUGGGAAGGGGGCAGGUUUGGCCGAACCCACUUGGAGAAUGGAGAUGGAAGUUUUCCAUGUUUUCUGCCGUGUUUCGAGCCUCUGGCGCUUCCGUCGCCAUCCGACGGCAGCGAAUCCAAGGAGCUAGGGAAUAGCGGAACUGUCUCCCCAGUGAACGGCACUGAUCCGCACCACAGGGGUCCUGGACGGUGCCUCCGGGGAUGUGGGUGGCAAGAACAGAACCAGCCCCCGGCGGCAAAAGAAAGUACUGUUAGGAAAAAGUUGAGAAACGCCGAGCAGAGGUAUAGGUAACUUGUCCCGCUCGGCCAUGCAUCGCAUCCUUUUGAGGCUCACCGCCUGGAGUUUGUGUGCCACCAUCAGGGCUAAAAGGCCAGUGCAGCAGGUCUGCUGUCUGGCGUGUAAACUAGCCGUGCUCUACCCCAUCAUGAGCGAUUUUGUUUUGCCUGAUUGCCGUAUGCGCGAGAGCGCUCUUGCAUCGAAGGUUGGGGUAAAUUUUUUAGCACCUGAUGCAGCUGGCAUCGGAUGGGAAGUUUGGGAACUAAGAAAUCCUGCGGUCACCGCGGGUCACCGAUCCUGGAGCGAAGCAUCAUGAGCUGCUUGUUGUAGAUCAACGAGCCGCCUCGUGCACUAUACUGGAACGGAAGCGCGGAGGAAACUAAGCUGGUACCUUCUCCGGCGAGGGGAGGCGAGCAGUAGUGGAACGUUGUAUUCUUCAGUGAGAUGCGAAGGGUCGUAGGUGGUGAGGUCGGUAGUACAGACAGAAUAAUUAAUAUCGAAA